AUGCAGUCGGCGGCGGGAGAUAUGCCGGUGGAGAUCCUCCCGGCGAGUGGCUUUGUCUUCCAUGAGGCAGAGGAGCCAACAGAGCUCCUGUGCCCGCCAAAGCUCCUGCCGAUCAAAUCCUUCACGCUGGAGCGGCUGGAAAAACUCGAGCAGCGCGUUUCAGACGAGGCAAAGGCGAAGCGGAUGGCGCGGCAGCAGCAGCGGGCGGUGCCCAUGUGGAACACCGCCACCACGGCACCCGCCGAGGCGCCAAGCAACGUGUAA